AUGAAUUCAAAGAAGACAAUUCGAGCCGAUGGGAUUUCUCUGCUAGAGAACAUUAACGAAUUUAGCGAACGAUUAUUUCAGGAAUAUUCAAAACAAUUAUCCAGGUAAAUUUCUUGCCUCGGAACUGAAAUAAAUACGCUUACGUGUUUUAAUUUAAAUUAUAUUAAUGAAUACAUAUUAUACCGUACGUAGUAAACGUAUAAAACGUACAGUACAAAGACUAUUGAUUUUAUAAGAUUGAUAGUGCAUAAAUAUUUAUAAUAUUUUUUGUUACGAACAGCAGCUAUGCGGGUGUUGGGGUGCCGGGAUAACCCGCUUACUCCAACGCCCAGAAAUAAAAAUACGGUUUUAAGGGGUUGAAAUGAAAUAAUAAAUUUUUAAUUUCUAUCAAAAAAUCAUAACGAAUUGUUCUCUAAUUCGCGGCGCAAUUUUCAAGUUAAAAUUUCAAAUUCUGGUGCCAGAGUAAGUGAGCUUAUAUGCUACCAACCCCGGUUUACAAUACAUAUUUAAUAUAAAGAAUUGAAACCACAGUAUAGACAUAAUAUUUCUACGAAAAUUUGAAAAGUAUAAACCAUUGUUUCUAUGCUAUGUUAUCUACACCUCGGAUUUAACAUCAAAAUGUAGGUACAAUAUUGAACGUCAAUGGCCGAGUAUAAUCAAAGCCAAUAACGAACAAAAUAUUACUACCGCAAACGAACUAUCGUUUUGGAAAUAUCCGGCCCGUAGGAUUUCAAGAGCCGUUUCCGAACCGUGCCUACAAACCGUACGAGUGUUGGAAACGACGAUUUUGCAAAAGAAUGACAGUUUUCACGAACUGCGCGAAAUCAAUAGCGUGGAUAAACGCACCCCGGCCGAAUCAUUCAAGCCCAAAAUCAUGACUUGGCUUUACGUGACCCGGGUGCAAUGUUCCGGUAUCAAUUACACAAAAACCGACGACGAUUUAUUAGAAAUGUUCGGUACGCAUACACAAUAAUAAUAUUAUGAAAACAAGGACGGAUUGAACCGGUGGGCAGAUAGGCAAAUGCCCGCUGGGCCGAUUACUUUAUACUGAGCCUAUUGGCAGGUGUUCCACAUUAUUUCGGUGAAAAUUGUUUUUGAAUUUGGUGCAGAAAAACUUAAAAAGCUUUCUUGGUGAUGCGCGUAAAGAAAUAAUUUGUACAUGAUUUGGUGAAACACUAUUAAAAUAAAUCAAUAUUAAAUCAAAUAAAUACUAUUUGAUUUCAGUUUUUCGGUAUUGACUACUUCAAAAAUUGUUUGUUUUUUUUUUUUUUCAAAAUUAGCCGCCACUAAUUAUGUCUAGUCCACUAUAGUAUAACACUGUCACAUCGCUAUGAAAUUCCCGCUAACGUAAAUUAUUAUACGAUAUAAUAAUACGUGGAUAAUAAUAACUAUUAUUAUACAGACGCCAUGUUUCAAUGGGAAUUGCCGAACGAAAAAAAAAUCAUGUCUAGACUGUUUGCCGACGUGGCGAAAUAUUGUAAAAAACACGACUUGACCGAUGAAAAAAUGUCCACUCUAUUGGGAAUUUAUCAUUACACGCAUUUCUAUAAUAAAUCGUUGAACGUUCUGGGAUUCCACGAAGUUUACAAUUUCUUUAAAGAACUGAUAAUCCGUCAUGCGGUUUUGGUAAGGCCGAUUUACAAUAUAAUAUUUCAUCGGGGGACCUAUUAUAGCUUUACAUGCUGAUGUGUAUAUAUAUAUAUAUAAACCUGUUAUUGUUAUUAUUUUUUUCUUCUUCUAUAAAUUGUUCAGUUCGCAAUUAACAGCAAGCUAACAGAAAACGUUUAACAAUUAUAAUGUAAUACUAUAGUAGACAAGAAGUCCGUCUAAAUUAAUAAUUUUUAUUUUUUAUUAUCAGCGUAAUAUACACUUUUAAGUUUUAAGGUUAGUUUUGGUAUCGAUAUUUUGAAUGAAACAACUCGUUACAACGUGUUUAUCGACAAAUGUUCACACAAUGUGUGGUUUUAACUAUUACAAUAUCACAUUGUAUAUGAGUAAUUUUUAUGUGAAGAUUUAAAAAUAAUAUUUCUGUGUACCGUUGUUUACAAGGUUAGUUAUAUUUUAUUUCUUUGUUAAUGUGUUCGAAAUUCAGCCUGAGGUCGUGACGCACGAGUGCACUAUAUUCUGUACCAAGUUGUUCGAAAAUAGUGUUAUUAAAUGUUACUCAAUAUUGUGUAUAAUUUUAAGUUUAAAUCAAAUAGUAUUUUAAAACCUCAAAAAUUGACUAGUUUUGUCCAAAAAAAAAAAAAUUAAAAUCAAUGUUUAAAUGCAAAUAUUUGAUAACCAUUAAAUUCUAUAGGUAUAUUUAAUUUUGCAUAGUUUUUAAUGCUAAAUUUAAGAAGCAAAAUAUUCAAACCGCUAAAGUUAAAUAACGUUUAAAACAUUUUAAACUGAAAAAUGUUAUAAAGGUUUAGAUUUUUAUAAGAUUUAAACAUAUAAAUUGAAUAACGUUUAAACGAGUAAAUUUAAUAACGUUUGAAUUUCUUAUAACGGUGAACAAUGUUUUUAUUUAUGAUUUAAGCCCUGGUUACAAAAUAAAAAACUAUAUAUACAUUAUAAUGAAGUACUAAAACUAAUUAAUUUUUAUGAAAAUAUUGAGAUUAAAAUGUUAAAAAAUUCAUAUAAUAUAUACGAUUAUACGUCGGUGCUAAAUAAUAUUGAAAUUAUAAUCAAUUCAUUAAUUAAGAUAAAUAAUGAACACUACAGUUUAAUUUUGAUAAUAUUUGCUAAAUAUUUAAGGGAAAAAUCGAUUAGUGCCCCCCCCUCCGAAUUUUAUUUCUGGCUAUAGUAUUCGCGGACACUGACACGAAUUAUGUACCUACAAAGUCAUGGUGACCGCAAGUGUCUAAAUAAUUUACACUUAACCGUAUAUGAAUCUGCAAGGGGAAAGUUUGUGUUGGAGGGAUGUGGUAGAGUUAAUUUCAAAAUAGUAUAUUACGUCAUAACUAAUAUUUGUAAUUUAAUUUUUACAACAUAAUAUAAUUGUAAGAACUAAUAAUAAUUAUAUUUAAAUUAUUCUUAUUGCAACAUAAUUAUAAUUACGACCUAAUUUACACAGCUAUAUUAAGCCACAGUGGAUAAAAGUUUAACAAUAAAAUAUAUAAUUCUAUAAAUUAGAAUUGUAAUAUCCAAACUGAUUAGUUAAAUAUAUACACAAACGAAACAUUUCGUUUCUUUUACUAGUAUUAUUUAACUAAUCGUGAGUAUAGUAUACAUAAUUAUUAAUUGGAGUGAUAACAUUUAAACGCCUAGUUGUGGUAGACACUUGAUAGCUAAUCUAACUAAAAAAUAUUUAUCUGUUAACUAUUACAACAUUUUUUUUUUUUUUCUGUAUAAUGGUGAUUAUUUUUAAGGUUUCACUCGACUUGGCGUAUAUAAUAAUGGCAGCACGUUAUUAUUUUAAAAAUGAAGGUCACCAUUGUAGCAUUUAACAAUAAUUUCAAAUGAAACACCGAACAAUUAAAUAUUUAAAUACCGCAGCUAAAUGAUUUUAUCGUCGUUUCUUUAUAGUAUUUCGAAUUUAUUUUUUAUUUUAACUGUUGAGCAAUUUAAGAAAUACAUUUUUUCAAGUGCCUAUACCUACUACGAAUUUAUAGGUUUGAUUUCCUAAACCGGAAAAAUUUUGUGCAUUUUUCCCAACUAAAAGUCUAAAAUAUCUAAAACUAAUCUAUUAGGCGUAAUGUUUUAAAAUAUAAGUAACAUACUUAUGUUAUACGAAUCCAAAUCCAAUUUAAUGUGAUACGAUUGAAUUAUUUCCUGUACUACGUAUAUUACAUGAAUUGAAAAAUAAUCAUUUUUAAAAUGAUUUUAGAGCCCGCCGGACCAUGUCAAGUUGUUUUCGGUGGAAGAAGCAAAACAUAUGCUAACACAUUUUCUGAACAAGUACAUAAUUUGUUUGCCGUUAAUUCGCCACAUUUGUGUGCAGAAGUCAAGAUUGCGCUUUCAAUGA